AUACCAUUCGCCCGCCACUGCGACUUGUCGCCGCCGUAUAUUUAUUAACGGCAGCCUCCCUCUGUUUGUCCUUUUUUUAUCGAGCUAACUUUUUCUUUAUAUACUCUCCUCCCGCCCUUCACUUCUACAUCCCCUCUCCUCUUCAUUCCACCUUCUUGGAGCAGCACCAUUGCCGUCUCUGCUUCCUCUCUCCAUCUCUACAGCUCUAUCAAUAACUUCUCCCUUCACAAUGCCUCGCUUCGACGACUCUGACCUGGGCGUGGACCCCAAUUCCACUAUCCCUCCCCCCCGCAGCACUGCCCCCGACACUCGCUCCCCCAGAGACCGGGGCAGCUUGGCUGGCUCACUGCCAAUCCCCAACGACGCUGGAAACACCGUUGAGGUCCCUGCUACCAGAAGCUCUAUCAGCGAUGCCGCUGCUUUCAUGCACAACCUGAGCCUGUCCCCCUCCACCCGGGACCGCCGUGGCUCUCGCAACUCCUUUGGCACUUCUCUCCCCAUUCCCCGCUCUCCCCGUGUCUCCCGCCUGUCCUCCGCCGUCACUGCUGAUGCCGCUGGCGUUUCCCGCGACAUCCUGGCCUCUCAGGUCCAGGACAUGUCCAAGGAGAAGGUUGCCGCUGCGAAGAACAUGGCGUUCGCCUUUGACAUUGAUGGUGUCUUGGCUCACGGUAACGAGGCCAUCCCAGAAGCUAAGGAGGCUCUCCGCAUGCUCAACGGUGACAACGAGCUCGGCAUCAAGAUUCCCUACAUCCUCUUGACCAACGGUGGUGGUAAGACCGAGGCUGCCCGUUGCGCGCAGCUCAGUGAGGUUCUCGAAUCCCCCAUUUCCACCGACCAGUUCAUCCAGUCCCACACCCCCAUGCAGGCCUUGUCUGAAUACUACGACACUGUUCUGGUUUGUGGUGGUGAGGGCCAGAAAAUCCGCGAGGUCGCUGAGAACUACGGCUUCAAGAACGUUGUCCACCCCAAGGAUAUCCUCGCUUGGGACCCUACCGUCUCUCCCUGGGCUGUCUUCACCGAGCAGGACCGUGCUGAGGCCAAGCCCCGCGACUUCUCCAAGAUCAAGUUCGACGCCGUCCUUGUCUUCGCCGACUCUCGCGACUACCAGACCGAUUUCCAGCUGAUCAUCGAUCUGCUGCUCGCCGACGACGGCAAGAUGCUUACUCGUUCCGAGGACCCCGUCGCCAACCGCAUCCCUAUCUACUUCUCCCAGGGUGACUUGGUCUUCCCCACCGACCACAAGGGUCCCACCCGUCUUACCCAGGGUGCCUUCCGUAUCUCCGUUGAGGCCCAGUACAAGGCCCUGACCGGUCAGGAGCUUGAGCGUGUUGUCUACGGAAAGCCCGAAAAGGCCACCUACACCUACGCCGACGAGGUCCUCCGCUCCUGGAUGGAACAAAUCCACAACCAAAACCACCUUCCCGAGAACAUCUACAUGGUCGGUGACAACCCUGCCUCCGAUAUCUGCGGUGGAAACAUGCACGGCUGGAACACCUGCCUUGUCCGCACUGGUGUUUUCCAGGGCGGCGACAACGACGAGAACAACCCCGCCAAUUUCGGUGUCUUCCCCAACGUCCUUGAAGCUGUCAAGGCCGCCGUCCGCAAGGAGCUUGGCCAGGAGUUCAAGAUGAAGUGGAACCCCAAGGUCAACCCCGUCCUCCACGGCGACAACACCUCCUCCGCUGUUGAAUAAACGGGACAAACUUGGAUGACAAGAUGAAAAAGAUAAAACAAUUGGCGUUUGGUCCUUGCAAUCAUAUCCUAUCAUACCUUGGUGGUUCUUACGUUAGACGGAUAAGCAUACAGUGCUUUUUUUAUGUUCUUGGGUUUUCCUUUUUUUUUUUUUUUUUCUCUCUUUCCAGGCUGGGCUACUGAUACCAAUGAUGUUCCCCAAUGCGCGCGGGCUACAUGACACCCCAGCCAAGGCGGACUCUCCACGUUUUUGACUUUUAUACUGUGAUGUGGUGAUGACGAUACAAAGAAUCGGACACUAUUCUUUCUUACUUCCUCUCACUCUUCCACUUAGCUGCGGAUUCCAUUCCUCCAUCAAUCAUGUCCUUACAAUGAAACGACGCAAACGAACACCAUAUAGAUUUCUUGCUUUUUUUUACUAGACUACUAUCAAAAAUCAAAAUCAACCAGAAUUUCAAACUCAAA